AUGGCAUCAGGUAAAUUACGCAGCAACAAAAGGUCAUCAGCAACCUCAACAUCAACCACAACAAUCAUCAUCUUCAUACCACUCUCUCUCCUCCUCCUGUGGCUGCUCACUUCCAACACCUUAUCACCUACCCCAUCCCCAUCGCGGCCCGCCGCAGCCACGAAAACUCCAAAUCCCGUAAAGCCCAUCUCCCGAUCCCAAAAGCCCGAAACCCACCACGUCGACCACGAAGACAUCCCCACCCACCUUCCCACCGACGACAAUGACAACGAAAAAGAGGAAUCCGACGACCCAAAAGACGAGCAGUCCAAUUCCAAUACCAACCCUUCCAACAACGACAACAAAGAAACGAACACGGAAAACAACGAAAAAUCUGACGACCAGUCCAAUUCCAACACCAACCCUUCCAACAACAACGACCAAGAAAUGAACACGGAAAACAACGAGAGCACAACCACGGCCCAAAGCCAAGAAGGUGAAGAAAUUCGUAAUGGGCCGGAAGACACGGGUGUUCAAGAGACGGGGGCCCACGAGAUCACGGACAAAGACCAGCGGGAGCGGAUCGACGAGCAUCAGAGGCAAGAGGACGAGCAGAUGAUGGAGCCGCAGAAGAAGGAUUGGGAGUCGCGGGACCCGCGUGGGGCCAUAAGCCGGGACCAGAUCGAGCACGAUGAGGCCCCUGUGGACGAGUCGAGCGACGACACGCAGAAGCCGUGGUCCACGCAGGCGGAUGAGUCGGUGCACGAGAAGGAGAGGCGGAGGUCCGGGUGGUCGGAUAGUCGAAACAGCAGCUACGAGUACACGUGGCGGCUUUGCAAUGCGACAGCUGGCGCGGACUACAUACCCUGUUUGGACAACGAGAAGGUUAUUUCAAAGAUACACAACAGGAAGCACCACGAGCACCGGGAGAGGCACUGCCCGGAGCCGUCUCCCGACUGCCUAGUACCGCUGCCCAAAGGGUACAAGACGAGGAUCGACUGGCCUCAGAGUAGGGAUAAGAUAUGGUACCACAAUGUGCCGCACACGACGCUAGCUGAGGUUAAAGGGCACCAGAACUGGGUGAAGAUGAUGGGGGAGUUCCUCACCUUCCCGGGAGGUGGGACCCAGUUUAUUCACGGCGCCUUGCAUUACAUUGAUUUUCUUCAGGAGGCAGUGCCAGAUAUUGGAUGGGGGAAGCACAGCCGGGUGGUGCUCGACGUUGGCUGUGGGGUAGCCAGUUUCGGGGGUUACCUAUUCGAAAGAGACGUUCUGGCAAUGUCUUUUGCCCCAAAAGACGAGCACGAGGCACAAGUUCAGAUGGCACUCGAACGAGGCAUACCAGCAAUAUCGGCUGUGAUGGGCUCUCAAAGGUUGCCCUUUCCUAGUAGGGUCUUUGACAUUGUGCACUGCGCGCGUUGCCGGGUCCCUUGGCAUGCAGAUGGUUAUCUCUAUAACAUAAUAUAUAACUGCUUUUUCAGCAAUGUUAUUAUUAAUCCACUUAAGGAAUAUUAG